UGUGCUAGUUAAGCACAAGUCAUUCCUACGUAAGAGGAAAGGACAGAGAGAGAGAGGUGAGAUCUAGAAGCUGGAAUCUGAAAAUAUAAAUCAAGCAGGCUCUUCGAAGCGAAGAGAGGCUGGUUACUUCUGAUCUGUGCGAGAGAGCUAACGUGCAAAGGAAUUCUCAACAGGCAGCCUACCACAAAUGCUUCCAGACCUGCUGAGCUUUUCCAGCAACUUCUGGGAUAGUCAGAUUGGCAGAGGAAGCCAGGAGGAAGAAUUCACAGAGAAUAUUCAGGACAUUUUCCUAGAACAAUAUGUUGUGAAUCCAGCCAAUGAUCAGACUAUUAUAGAUCUGGUGGUGUAUGAUGAGAUCAGAUUCAGGAUGUUCAGUCAGAGCUUCGUGAUGCUGUCAAUUCUCCUCCUCAUGUCCUUUGUGUCGUUGAAAGCUCACGAGGUCAAAGGUGAAAGGUUUGUGAGCAGCUACAGCAACAAGAAAAGCACAGCCAAGAUGGCAGAGGAAGAAAUGAAUCAACUGCUGGCUGUAAGAAUCCUUGAUCCAAGUCUCGGGACCCCCAUGGCAGCUGAGGGAAGCAACUGGUCACCUGACCGCUCACACGUCAAACGUAAAGACCCUGUGAUGGGCCGUUCCCAUAGCAAGGUGACCUAUUGGCCCAGAAGGACAUUCACCUUGCCGUUCCAGUACACCUUUGAUGUGCAGAGGGGAAGGGAGAUGUUGCUGUCCAGGAGGAAUAGCAAGGACACCAGGUUCUCCCUGUCCCUGGAUGUGCCCACCAACAUCCUCAGCAUCCUCAUUGACCUCGCCAAGGCUAAAGAUAUGAGGGCAAAAGCUGCUGCAAAUGCUGCAUUGAUGGCACAGAUUGGAAAAUGACCAAAAGAAAAAUUAACUCAAAUCCAAAGUAUGGCUUUUUGUUCAUAUUCUUACUAUUUAUUGUGUGAUACACACAUUAAAUCUAUUCUUGA